CUGGGCGGGGCCUUCUGAGUGCAGGACUUUGUCCCUUCUUUGGCCUUCAAGGAAGACAGGGCCUGGAGGGAACGCAGAGCCACUGCCCACGGAGCCUGUCACACAUUCCCAAGUCCUGCAGCCAGACCCAGGGCCUGAGCUGUACUAAGUGGGGGCCAGAUCUGGACUGGAUUGUGGCAGUGGCCAGGUGCGGUCCAGCCCAGACUGCUGAAGACCAGGCUCACCAGUCACUUCCAACACCCCAGCAACACCAGCAAUAACAGCGAAGCCAUGGCGAGUGCCCAGGGCUCCUUCUCCUUCCCCAUGGGGCACUUCAUCCUCUUCGUCUUCAUCGCUUCCACCGUCUUCCACCUCCACCAGCGACUUGUGCAGACAGAAAACAGGAAGCAGCAGAAUCUGAAGCUACUAACAGCAUCACCAUCUCCACAGGUGCCACAGUCCCCAGAGGUGUCCCUGUCCCCACAGGUGCCACCAUCAGGCAGCAAAAGGCCCACGACGCCGCAGCUGGAUGGCAUGUGGACGAUCAAUGCCAUCGGCCGCCUAGGGAACCAGAUGGGCCAGUACGCCACGCUGUAUGCACUGGCCAAGGCCAACGGGCGGCCGGCCUUCAUCCCCGAGCACAUGAACAGCACGCUGGCCCCACUCUUCCGCAUCAGCCUCCCAGUGCUGCACAGUGCCACAGCCCACAGCAUCACGUGGCGCAACUACCACCUGGACGACUGGAUGCAGGAGCGCUACCGCCACAUCCAGGACCGCUACGUGCGCCUCACCGGCUACCCCUGCUCCUGGACCUUCUACCACCACCUGCGGCCCGAGAUCCUGCGUGAGUUCAGCCUGCACGAGCACGUGCGCCGCCAGGCCCAGGCCUUCCUGGGGGAGCUGCGCGUGCAGGGCUCGCGGCCCCGCACCUUCGUGGGCGUGCACGUGCGGCGUGGCGACUACGUGCACGUCAUGCCCCGCGUGUGGAAGGGGGUGGUGGCCGAUCGCGGCUACCUGCAGCAGGCCCUGGACUGGUUCCGCGCGCGCUACCCAGCGCCGGUCUUUGUGGUCACCAGCAACGGGAUGGCCUGGUGCCGGGAAAACAUGGACACUUCUCGCGGGGACGUGGUGUUCGCGGGCAAUGGCUUGGAGGGCUCGCCGGGCAGGGACUUUGCUCUGCUCACGCAGUGCAACCACACGGUCAUGACCAUCGGGACCUUUGGGAUCUGGGCCGCCUACCUCGCAGGUGGAGACACCGUCUACCUGGCCAACUACACGCUGCCUGACUCCCCCUUCCUCAAGCUCUUCAAGCCCGAGGCGGCCUUCCUGCCUGAGUGGGUGGGCAUCGCUGCCGACCUGUCCCCAUUGCUCAAGCACUGACAGUUAUCUGGCCUUGUCUGCCUCUUUGCAGACCUGGAGCCCACGGUUAUGGGAAAAAGAGCCCUUUUCCCUUGCAAGAGGACGUCCUGGGCUCAAGGAAGACAAGUCCAACCAAUGCAGGCUAACCAUGUGUUCUCACGCCUGGACGACCAGGCCGAGAGUCCCGGCUCCCGCCAUAGUUAGCGGCAGCUCAGCAGCCUCCUCGGGUGUGCUGUGCUGAGUUGCUGUGUGAACACAUCCGGCUACCGGGAGCACGGGGUAUAGGGACAAAGCGGCAGCAAGGGGGCAGCUUGUGUAUAUUCCCAGCCGGCAGUGGCAGUGAACAAGAGGGCAGUGGUUUUUUAUUUUAUUGAUGCAUUUUAGAUAAUGAUCACAGUCAUCAUCAGCUUGCUCUGUACACGAUAUAUCUUGCUUCUUUCUUUCCCCCCAUUCCCCUCCCCUCUCUCAACUCUAUUGCUCAGUUACAAAAGCUAUUUCCAUUUUCCCUAUUCUUUUUUUUCUUGUGUCUUCUUUCCUUUCUCCCUCCCCCUCCCUUGUUCUCCUUCCCAUUUGAGCAUUUUCUUCCUAUUUCCCAGUAUCUAUUAUGCACUUUGGUCCUUAUUUACACUUUUGGUUUCUCAUGCCAAAGAAUCAAUGCGGUAUUUAAACAUGUACCACCCAUCUUCUUGCUGUGCCACUGUUGUCUCCUCUUAGCUCUGUUGUUGCCUCAUGGUCCCAAAUGGGCUGCCACGGAUCCAGAUGUUCCAUGCAGGCAACAUGUUUCAGAGGCAGCAAACUUUUUUUUUUUUUAAACCUCAUUCUUAUCAUGAAUCCUUUUGAUGAAUGGGAAAAACGUCUAUAUUCCUCCACUUUUCAUUACUAGGAUGCAGUCCCCGAGGCUGGCUAAUUAUAAAAGUCUUCAAAGACUUGUGGCAACACAAUGACAGGAGUACAUGGGAGACUCAGUGAUCAUAUGCACAGGCAGGGCCUGGCCUGCUCUUCCUGUUGGACCUUCUUUCAAGAACUGGGGGUUCCCCAGGAGUCACGCUUAUCCUUCUGAGACCAGUGCUUCCUUUGACCCACAGACCUCCCAUAAGGCUCCAGUUCUCAAGGAUCCCAACAUUUUUCAGCCCUACACUGACACCAAGCUACCAACACACAACCCCUGGGAAAUGUCCUAAAAUCAUACUAAAACCACAGCACCAGCUGGGCAUGGUGGCGUACACCUGUUACCCUAGCACUCAGGAGGCUGAGGCAGAAGUAUCACUAGGAGUUUGAGACCAGCUGCAGUUAUACAGUGAGUUCAAGGCCAGCCUAACCUACACCAUGAGACCCUGUCUCAAAUAUACAUGCAUUUUUAUAUUCUCUAGCCUUCCCAUAUGUAUAUGCGGCGCACGCCUAUUGUGUAGCAGAAAGCAGUCCAGCAGAGGGGGUGUACUGUGCUGUGAGCUGCUGUGUGAACACAUCCGGCUACCAGGAGCACAGGAUAUAGGGACAAAGCGGCAGCAAGGGGGCAGCUUGUGUAUAUUCCCAGCCAGCAGUGGCAGUGAACAGGCGGGCAGUGGUGGUGAGCUCAGCCUCAUUCCAGGAGCCGACAGAGCCCUCACUGUCACUGCCACAGCUGCACCACCGGAAGAGACCCUGACGGCUUUGGUGGGAGUCAGCACCUGCCACAGGGCUGUCUCCCGGGAGGGGUGGCAUAGGAUGGAUCUGGCACGGAGUCCGAACUGGCUCCCAGAGAAGGCAGUGGGGCAGGGAAGCCCCUGGGCUCUCAGGGGACACUUUCUGUUAAAAGCUGGCACUGGGCUGUGGCUCAAUGGACGAGGUCCGGGGUUCCAUCCUUGGUUCCACAGGAAAAGAAAAAUCGAGAUCAGUUAAAUUUAACAAAGUUUGCUUGACCAGGAAAAACAUUCUAGACUGGGGUGGCAUUCCAUAACCAAAACAGUUCCCAGUACUAAGCUGCUACAUGUGCAACUGGUAUGCGUAAGCAGAGAAAAGGAAGUGAUGUUCAAAUGCAACCUGAUUGGCUGGGGGAGUCUGUUCGCCUUAUAUAGGCGGGUUUGGGUAGUUUUCAGCCUCUGAUUGGCUGGAGUUUCAGGUGCUAUGAUUGGCUGAGACUCUACUGCUUGUUUACAAGGGCCUACUCUUAGGUUACCUUAAAACAAGCAGUAAUCCUCAUAAUUACAGCAGAGAAGGAGUUUACUUGAUGAUCAAGAACAAAAAUGAGUUUCAUCCAAGCUACAUACUACCUGUUUGUCUUCGGUUUUGUUUUUUUGAGACAAGGUCUCGCUAAGUAAUUCAGUCUGGCCUUGAACUCAUUAUAUAGUCCAGGGUGGUCUCAAAGUUAUGGCAAUCGUCCUACCUCAGCCCCCCAGUGCUGGGAUCACAGGUGUGUGCCACCACGCCUGGAAUAUACCUGAUUUAUUUCAAGGAUGUCAGGCACAUUCCUGUAUUAACAUAUUGCAAGAUUUCACAUGUAGAAAACCUCCUGAAGGGCUGGGGAUGUGUCUCGGUAGAGCUCUUGCCUUGCAUGCCUAAGGCCUUGGGUUGAUCCCCAGAACCACACACAAAAAAACCUUCCAGAACAGAUAAAUCCAUAGAGACAAAAAAUGGAUACCUCCCUAGAGCAGAAAAGUACAAUGGUUUCAUUUUGGGGUGAUGAUUAUUCCCAUACUUACUGUGGCAAUUAGCUGAGCAAGUCUGUGAGAACACAGGGUGGCUUGUUGGUUUUGUAAAUUAUAUCUCACAACUGCUGUGAAGAAAACAAUCACCUGUGUCAGUGUCCACUGUGAGUUUUAGUAAUCUUUAACUUUUAUUUUUUUAUUUUUGGUACCUGGAACCGAACUCAGAACUGUGCACUUGCCAGGCAGGCUGUGGGUCACUGACCUAUAUCCCCUGCCCAGGUCUUGAUAAUUAUAUAGUUAUGGAACCAGCACCAGGACUGAGAUACAGAGGGCUCUGUCACACCCUAAAGCAUUGCUGUGCUGCUUGCCAGCAACUCUCCUAAUUCCCAGACUAUGGAUCUGCUUUUUGUCACUUUGAUUUGGUCUUUUCUAGAACUUUAUGUAAAGAAUUAUUCCAUGUUUUAGCCUCCUGUUUGGCUUCUUUCAUAUAGCCUCAUGUUCCUGAGAUUCACCCAUGUUCUUGCAUAUAUCUGUUGUUUGUUCCUUUUUCAUUACUGUAUAGUACCCUGUUGGUAUCAUCUACCACUGAGUAACUCAUCCAUUUGAAUGUUCACCAGUGUCCCCAUUUGGGGCUAUCAUGAAUGAGGUUAUCAGCAUUUCUGUAGAAGUUUUUGUUUGCUUUGUUUUUGCUAGGAUUAUUUCCAAAAGAUGAGAAGUAUAAAAUAAAAAGGGGCCUUUAUUCUGAGAAUACGGAGAGAGAUGACCAGCACCCCCACCGCUGGCAUCCCGUGAUCUCUCCCGCGACAUGUGGCAUGGGGGCAUGUAAAUAGCCUCGGUUUGGGGUGGAACCUAAGGCGGGCAUUAGGGAUGCACAGGUAACCCAUUGGUCCUAGGUUUGGCACCAUAUGUAAAUUUCCAGGGGCGGGAAGAUGGCGUCACAGGUAACUUCCUAGGGGCAGGGGAGAUUGGGGCUUCCUGCUUCUGGUUGUGGCUUUCCUGGCUACAGUGUUCUAUCUGGGCCAAAACCCUCUCAGUUUUAUUUUGCUUUCUGAGAUAAGUUCUCACUCAAUUGCACAGGCUGAGCCAGAAUUUGAGAUCCUCCUACCUCAGCCUCCCAGGAUCCUGGAAUUACAGGCAUGGGCCACCACACCUGGAUAAGUGCACAUAUCUUUGUGUAGGCAUAUGUUUUCAUUUCCUUAAGGAAAAAAACCCAGAAAGGAGGUCUGCCAUGGAUUCAAGGAGAAGUGAUUUGUGGGGACCCCCAGCCUGGAGGGGCCCAAGGUCAGAAGAUGAAUUCUCCAGCCCAAGAGGAGGAGAGAGGCUGGCUCUCUGGGGGUCCCACUCCUUUCUGCUCCCAAGAGUUCAGUCACCUCUCCCCUCCUGUCCUGGCUUUCAGCCCCUGGGGCUGGGGAUCCCCUGUGAAGGGAAAGGGAGAUUAGAGAAGCAUAGGUGAGUUCCUGGUGAAGGAGACUGAGAAGACCGGGCCACGAAAGGGGGCAAAACCCACGGGCAGGAGCCAAGCAGCUUGUCAUGGUUUAUGUCGGUGGCCCCAGGCCUCAUGAGUUUGCAUUGUGCAUUUGUGAUUGGUUCAUUGUUUAGUGCUUGGAUUGAUGGUGUCAGUGCUACACCCACCUAGGGGUGGAGCCAGGACGUGAUGUAGUGGCAGGAAGAAGGCGUGUUUUGCUCUUUGCUGGUUCCUGCUUGCUAUUUGCAGCCUCCAUGAAUUGCAGCCCAGCCAUGUCCGCCUGCCUUGGAGCCAACUGAGUGUGGACUGAAAGCUUCAAAAACUGUAAGAAAUAAAUCUUUCCUUUCCCAA